GAGAUUCCCAGCUUCAGUAAUUGUGGCCAUGAUGUUCUCCCUAGCUUCUCAAAGGGGGACGACAGGCUACUAGCUCAUCUGGAAUCAUCCUUCUCUUGAGCUUUUUUUAAAGAGCAGGACCAUCCACAGAAAUAGCCCAGCCUUUCAUGUGGGCAGGAUGUGGGCAACUUGUGUAAUAAACAAAGCAAAAAGCACUUUGAACUAAAUUCACAAAACAUACGAGGAUUAAAGAUAUAAAAGCUAAACAGGCUAAACAAAAUACUUAAAUAACAAGAAAACAACACUUCACCCGCCUGUUGCUGCAGGACUUCUUCCUUUUUCCAAAUACAAAUCUCAAUAACAGCUGUCAAAAUGCAUUUAUAAGCAAAACAUCUGAACUAUGAGGAACUGUAUGGGAAAUCACCGCCUUUUCUUCUCAUUUCCCUAGAUUGACUGGGACGUAAAAGAGUAACGGAGCACCAGGAGGGAAUCUCACAGGAAUUUGACAGCAUCAUGGCACAUGAGCCUCAGGUACACUAUACCCUGGACAUGGAGGAAGACAGCUUUUUCAAAACAAAAGGUCAGAAAUCAAGCUUGGGAUUUAAUAUGGACUCUAGACUUGGAAAGAUCAGCCUUUAUUUUUUAAUGGGUAUCUGUGUUCUGCUCUUUGGAACUGUUAUCACCUUAGUACAUCAUUCUCUCUGGAUGAGCCGGGAACUGAAGAAAACCCAAGAGGGCAUCAGGACUUUGAACAUAUCUGAAACAUCUAACGAAAUAGACCAUGAUGACAUCAAGCAGACUCUAGCAGCAGUUCAGACAGCACUAUUGAAUCUGAGCCAGUCUCUCCAGACAGAGGACACUUCCAGAAAAUUACAGCUACAAACAUUACAAAACAGUGUUGGCCAGGGAUCUGAAACUCUAAAACUGGUUAAAGUCUCUGUGGAUGUCUUGGCUACACAGUUCCUGCAAAAAGCAACAAAAAAUGAUAGUAAAGAAGUGCAGUGUCCCCUAAACUGGCAAAAAUUUCAGACAAGCUGCUAUUACUUCUCAUUGGCUCAGAAAUGUUGGAAAGACUCUCGAGAACUCUGCUUAUACAUGAACUCUGACCUUGUGGUGAUCAACAGCCAGAGUGAAAAUGAUUUUAUUAAAGGAAAACACAACAAUGAUAUUUUUUGGAUUGGCCUGACAGAUGAAACGAUAACGAACACAUGGGAGUGGGUGGAUGGAACAGACUAUGAAAGCAACUUCAAGUCAUGGAGUCCUGGUCAACCAGACAACUGGACCGGUCAUGGAAUGAAGGGUGGUGAAGACUGUGGGGGCCAUUUAGUAACUGGACUCUGGAAUGACGAUCACUGCGACAGAUUAUAUAAUUUUGUGUGUGAGAAAUAGUCUGGAGAGAAGUGAAGAUAAAAUCCCAUUGCUCUACCACACUGCUCCAUCACAUUGUCUUUAUUGAGCUUCUGCAAUCUGAAGCAAGGAUUAACAGCUGGCUUUAAAAAUAAAAGGAAAAUGUUAUUGUUAAAUGUGUAGCUAGAGACAGCAAGGGCAAAUAAUUAUUUUUGAAUCUGAUUUAUAAACAAUGAACUUUUACAGUUAUUUAAAAAAUAAUUCAAACUGCUUGUGUAUCUACAGUUUCAGAUAUGAAAGAAGUUGAAAAGCCUCUGAUUAAAAGUGUCAGAACUAAUGGAAGAACUUCUAAGUAUUAAUAAACGAAAAGGCACUUCUAUUGA